CAUGAACCUGCCCCCGGACAAAGCCCGGCUCCUGCGGCAGUACGACAACGAGAAGAAGUGGGACCUCAUCUGUGACCAGGAGCGGUUCCAGGUGAAGAGCCCCCCCCACGCCUAUAUCCAGAAGCUGCAGAGCUUCUUGGACCCCGGUGUCACGCGGAAGAAGUUCAGGAGGAGGGUGCAGGAGUCGACCAAGGUCCUGCGUGAGCUGGAGAUCAGCCUGAGGACGAACCACAUCGGGUGGGUGCGCGAGUUCCUCAACGAUGAGAACAAGGGGCUGGACGUGCUGGUGAACUACCUGUCCUUCGCUCAGUGCGCCGUCAUGUUUGAUUUUGAGGGCCUGGAAGGCGGCGAGGACGGCGCGCUGGAGAAGCUGAGAGCCUGGAGCAGAUCCAUUGAGGAUCUGCAGCACCCCAGUGCCCUGCCUGCCCCCUUUGCCAGCAGCCUGGCCCGCUCUGCCCGCCAGACCGCCCUACGCUACGGGACGCUGCCGAGCCGCAAGGCGCUGAAGAACUCGCGCCUGGUGAGCCAGAAGGACGACGUCCACCUCUGCAUCAUGUGCCUGCGGGCCAUCAUGAACUACCAGUACGGCUUCAACCUGGUCAUGUCCCAUCCCCACGCCGUCAACGAGAUCGCCCUGAGCCUCAACAACAAGAACCCCAGGACCAAGGCGCUGGUGCUGGAGCUGCUGGCGGCCGUGUGCCUGGUGAGGGGCGGCCACGAGAUCAUCCUGUCGGCCUUCGACAACUUCAAGGAGGUGUGCAAGGAGAAGCACCGCUUCGAGCGACUCAUGGACUACUUCCGCAACGAGGACAGCAGCAUCGACUUCAUGGUGGCCUGCAUGCAGUUCAUCAACAUCGUGGUGCACUCCGUGGAGGACAUGAACUUCCGCGUGCACCUCCAGUACGAGUUUACCAAGCUGGGGCUCGAGGAGUUCCUACAGAAGUCGAGGCACACGGAGAGCGAGAAGCUGCAGGUGCAGAUCCAGGCGUACCUGGACAACGUCUUCGACGUCGGGGGGCUGCUGGAGGAUGCCGAGACCAAGAACGUGGCCCUGGAGAAGGUGGAGGAGCUGGAGGAGCACCUGUCCCACCUGACGGAGAAGCUGCUGGACCUGGAGAACGAGAACAUGAUGCGGGUGGCGGAGCUGGAGAAGCAGCUGCUGCAGCGGGAGAAGGAGCUGGAGGUGGUCAAGGAGACCUACGAGCACACGAGCCACCAGGUGCACACGCUGCGGCGGAUGAUCAAGGAGAAGGACGAGGCUUUCCGGCGGCGCUACGGCUCCGAGCCGCCCCCCGUCCUGGGCGCCGAGCCCCCCCCCAAGUCCGAGCCCCAAGCUCUGGAUGAGGCCCCGAGGGUCCCCGUCCUGCCUCCCCCGGAGGCUGCGCCCCCCCCGCCGCCCCCGCCACCCCCCUUGCCGCCCCCUGCGCCCCCGCUGCCAGACAAGUGCCCGCCGGCCCCGCCGCUGCCCGGGGCUUCGCCCUCCAUCGCCCUCACCGUUGGGCUCUCGGCCAUCCGGAUCAAGAAGCCCAUCAAGACCAAAUUCCGGCUGCCCGUCUUCAACUGGACGGCGCUGAAGCCCAACCAGAUCAGCGGGACGGUGUUCAGCGAGCUGGACGACGAGCGGGUGCUGGAGGACCUCGACCUGGAGCGUUUCGAGGAGCUCUUCAAGACCAAGGCCCAGGGCCCGGCGCUCGACCUGGUCUGCGCCAAGAACAAGGCGUCGCACAAAGCCGCCAGCAAGGUGACGCUGCUGGAGGCCAACCGGGCCAAGAACCUGGCCAUCACCCUGCGCAAGGCCGGCCGCGGCACCGAGGAGAUCUGCAGGGCCAUCCACACGUUCGACCUGGCGACGCUGCCGGUGGACUUCGUGGAGUGCCUGAUGCGGUUCCUGCCCACGGAGGCGGAGGUGAAGGCGCUGCGGCAGUACGAGCGGGAGCGCAAGCCGCUGGAGGAGCUGGCGGACGAGGACCGCUUCAUGCUGCAGUUCAGCAAGGUGGAGCGGCUGCCCCAGCGCAUGGCCAUCAUGGCCUUCCUGGGCAACUUCGCUGAGAACCUGCAGAUGCUGACACCGCAGCUCAAUGCCAUCAUCGCGGCCUCGGCCUCCGUCAAGUCCUCGCAGAAGCUGAAGCACAUGUUGGAGAUCAUCUUGGCUUUGGGCAACUACAUGAACAGCAGCAAACGGGGCGCCGUCUACGGCUUCAAGCUGCAGAGCCUGGACUUGCUCCUGGACACCAAGUCGACGGACAGGAAGAUGACGCUGCUGCACUUCAUCGCGCUGACGGUGCGGGAGAAGUACCCCGAGCUGGCCACCUUCUGGCAGGAGCUGCACUUCGUGGAGAAGGCAGCCGCAGUGUCCCUGGAGAACGUGCUGCUGGACGUGAAGGAGCUGGGCCGGGGCAUGGAGCUGCUGCGCCGGGAGUGUGGGCUGCACGAGAACGGCGUCCUGCGGGCGUUCCUGGCCGCCAGCGAGGGCAAGCUGGAGCGGCUGCAGAAGGACGCGCGGACAGCCGAGGACGCCUACAACACGGUGGUGCGGUAUUUCGGCGAGAGCCCCAAGACCACCCCCCCGUCUGUGUUCUUCCCCGUCUUUGUCCGCUUCAUCCGCUCCUACAAGGACGCGGAGCAGGAGAACGAGACGAGGAAGAAGCAGGAGGAGGUGAUGCGGGAGAAGAUGCUGGCGCAGGAGGCGAAGAAGCAGGAGAAGCGCAACAAGUGGCAGCAGCAGGAGCUGAUCGCGGAGCUGCGGCGGCGCCAGGCUAAGGACCACCGCCCCGUCUACGAGGGCAAGGACGGCACCAUCGAGGACAUCAUCACCGCGCUGAAGAGCGUCCCCUUCACGGCCCGCACCGCCAAGCGGGGCUCGCGCUUCUUCUGCGACCCCUCCCACCACGACGAGUCCAGCUGUUAGCCCCCAGCCCGGAGGCGCCGGAUCC